GAGCCGAGCGGCGGCGGCGGCGGCGGCGGGAGCCCGGGAGGCGGAGGCGGGCGGCGGCGGCGGCGGCGGCGCGCGGAGACGCAGCAGCGGCAGCGGCAGCAUGUCGGCCGGCGGAGCGUCAGUCCCGCCGCCCCCGAACCCCGCCGUGUCCUUCCCGGCGCCUCGGGUCACCCUGCCCGCCGGGCCCGACAUCCUGCGGACCUAUUCGGGCGCCUUCGUCUGCCUGGAGAUUCUGUUCGGGGGUCUCGUCUGGAUUUUGGUUGCCUCCUCCAAUGUUCCUCUACCUCUGCUACAAGGAUGGGUCAUGUUUGUGUCCGUGACGGCAUUUUUCUUUUCGCUCCUCUUUUUGGGCAUGUUCCUCUCUGGGAUGGUGACCCAAAUUGAUGCCAACUGGAACUUUCUGGAUUUUGCCUACCAUUUUACAGUGUUUGUCUUCUAUUUUGGAGCCUUUUUAUUGGAAGCAGCAGCCACAUCCCUGCAUGAUUUGCAUUGCAAUACAACCAUGACCCUGCAGCCGCUCCUGAGUGAUAACCAGUAUAACAUAAACGUAGCAGCCACAAUUUUUGCCUUUAUGACGACAGCUUGUUAUGGUUGCAGUUUGGGUCUGGCUUUACGAAGAUGGCGACCGUAACACUCCUUACUGACAGUCGGGUGUUAGUUUCAUUUGUCUACUUUAUAUGUCUGAUCAAUUUGGAUAACAUUUUGUCCAGAUAUAAAAACAUUCCAAAAGUAGUUUGUUUAGUAGGGAGAGACUCUAAGCUCAAGUUUUGGUUUAUUUCAUGGAUGGAAUGUUAAUUUUCUUAUGACGUUAAAAAAAAUGGCCUUUUAUAUUUCUCCCCUUCUUCCCUUCCUUGUUCCUUUUCUUAAAGUUUCCUUUUAUGUCCAUAAAAUACAAACAUAUGGUUCAUAAAAAAUUAGUAUACGUUCUGUUUGGUUGCUGAGUCACCUGACCCUUAAUUUUAACCUUUCAAAUAGGCUUCCCACUGACCUCUACAUUUUAGUGUAAAACAGAAAAUGGCACACUUUGUUUUAGAACAGACCAGAUGGUAAAUAUUUGUGCUUCAUGGGCCAUACAGUCUCUGCCACAACUAUUCAGUUCUGCUGUUGUAGCAUGAAAGCAGCUAUAGAUAAAACAGAAAUGAAUGAGUGUGGUUAUGUUCUUAUGAAACUUUAUAAAAACAAGGGGAGUCUGAGUUUAACCUUGUGGGCUAUUGUUUAUCGACCACUGGUGUAAAACAACUGAUCAUGAAAACAUAGAAACCUAACAACUAGACAAGCCACAUAAUAUUUAGUCUCAUUAUGCAAUAAUCACAUUGCCUUUGUGUUAAUAGUCAAAUGCUUACCUUUGGAGGGGCAUGUAGUUUCUCAAACUGUCUCAGGCAGAGUCCUGAAUAUAGGAAAAAGUAAUUUAAAAAGUAAUUUAGGAAGUAAACUUUAGUUGCUUAAUCAAACUAAUGAUCUAACAACUGAGCAAGAUUCUUAUCUGCGAGUCCUUAAAAUGGGAUCCCCAGAGACCAUUAAUCACUACUGGAACUGGUAUCUAGCUACUCAUGUCUUACUUUUAAUUUAUUUAUGCUUCAGAAUACAGUUGUUUUCCCUGUGCAUGAAUAGAGCCAUAUUUGUGUGUGGAAUGUGAAGCUUUUCCAAAUAGAGCUCUCAGAAUAAUUGUUACUUCUAAUUAUUUUGCAUUACUUUGAGUUAAAUUUGAAUAGAGUAUUACAUAUAAAGUUGUAGAUUCUUAUAUGUUUUUAUAUUAGCCCAAACAUCUAUACUGUUUUUGCACUGGUGACAGAAAGGCAAAAUCAGUUUUCUAGCAAUAGCCAGGAAUAAAAACUAUUUCUGGCUGAAUAGCAUAGAAAAGCAUUUUAACCUACCUGUAGAGAUCCUGGUUAUGGAAAGGUGCCAAAGUGCUUUGAAUGGAAGAACAAAUAGAGUGAGGCCACAGUUCCCACCACACCAGGGCUUUUGUAUUGCUCUGUUCUUUCAGCCCUUUCCUUUCUGGCUGAAGCAUCCCCUUGGAGUGCCACGUACAAGUCAGGCUAUCAGAGUUCAUGGAACGUACAACAACUGUGAAUGAGUGGCAUGAUCAGUACUUAAUGAUUAAGUGUUAUUUAUCUAAUAAUCCUCUAGAAAGAACCCUGUUAGAACUUGGUUUGUGAUUAAAAAAAUAUAAAGACAGAAGACAUGAAGGGAAAAACAAGGCUUGAGGAAAUCAGGCAUUAUGACUUUAUACUUACAUCAGAUCUUUUAAUAUUCUACUUCCUUGGUUUUCCUAGCUACAUCCCACACACCUAAACCUGUAUUAUGAAUUACAUGUCAUAAAUGUGCCAUAAGGACAUAUAGUCCAUUCUAGUUGGAAUCGUUUAGUCUGCUAAAAUUUAGUUGUGAGAUUUUAUUUUUGUUUCCCAGGUAUAGCAAGCUUAUGUUUGGUGGCAUUAAAGUGAUUUCUUUAAAAUGCUUUGGUGGCACUUUUUGUAAGUAGAUUGCUUCUAGAUUGUUACAAACCAAGCCUAAGGACACAUCUGUGAAUACUUAGAUUUGUAGGUUAAUCACAGUCUAGAUGUGUGAGUUGAAUGACAAAGCAGUUGAACAAAAAUUAUGGAAUUUAAGGAUUUUACAUAUCUUGUAAAAAUGAGGAAGUGUUGGUUGGUUUUAAAAUCUGGUGACUCCAUGAUGAAAAGAAAUUUAUUUUAUAUGUGUUAUGACUAAUAAAGUAUUCAUUUGAUAA